AUGGAUUUUAUUGAGCCGAUUAUAAUAAUAUUUGGUUCAAUAGAGAGAAUUUCUCGAUUAAACUUCAACAUACCAGUGACAUUGAAGAUUUUAACUAAGGCAACAUCACUUGCACAAUCUGUUAAUGUUAAAAGAAAUUCAUUGAAUACGUGUUGUCAUCGAUACUUUGUGAUUCUACUCGAUACAAUUGAAAAUGAUUUGAUGACUCAUCUACAAGCAACAGAUGAAGUUUUAGUUAUAUAUCUUCGAGAAUUAAUCAAUCCAGAACAUAAACAAAAACGGCUUAAACGAAGGACAACGACUAGAAGAAAUGAAGCAAAAUUCACUGUCUUCUUUUUAUUAUCACAAAGCAAAGACACUUCGAUAUUGGAUCAUGCCAUUUACAAUGAGAUUGAAAGUGCUCAACAAUGCAUACAAGAAAUCUGUAAAUCAAUUGGAUUUGAGUCAAUCAUUAUUCACACAAUUUCUCACUAUUUUCCAAACAAUGAAAACGAGUUCAUUCUGCGACCUGAUCUGAAAAUUCUUUUCGAUAACGCAGAUUGGGAUAAAAUAUAUCAUAUUCUGAAGAGUCUCGCACCUAUUCGAUUAUAUUUGUACGGCAAUGAACAUUCGAUUGAGAACAAGUGGAGCAAUCUGAUGAUAAGUACUGAAACAAGAAUCAUGGCCAAUGAAGAUGAUUGGUGUGCACUAGUCAACAAAGAACCACUUGAUAAUGUGAAUAGAUGGGCUAUUUUGGCUGAGUAUAGUUCAACAUGGCAAAUCAAGAGGGUUUCAUCCAUCAAUUUAUUUGAUUUCGAGGAAAAUCUUGCCUUUCAUUCAGCUCUUCGACAAGCACACAUUACAUUUAAUGAAAGGAAAUGUCAAUUCACUAAUCAUUUGUUCAAUUGGUAUGAGAAUUAUGUAAACCAGUCUGUCUUUCAAACUAAGUCACAAUUGACUUCUGGAGAAAACAUCACGAUAAAUUUACGAAACCUACAUGAUUCUACACAACAACCCAUAAGACAAUCGCAACAAUCACUUCUCAAGUUGCCUGUGGAAUUACUUCAUCGUAUUUUAGAUGAUGUUGAUACAAUGACAAUUCUCCGUGGACUUCGAUGUGUCUGCACAAAGCUUUAUUCUGUCGUCAAUAGUUUUAAUCGAUACAAACUCGACUCCACUUCAUUGUCAUCGAAUGAUAUUAAAUUGAUUCAUCAAUUGAUUCAACCUGAAAAUAUUAUUUCUUUGCAUCUUAUUUCCGAUAAUCGGUCGGCAUCAAACAAAAUCGACUUGUUACACUCACGCUUCAACAUUUCUCAAUUCACGAAACUUCGCUCUUUAGCUCUUCAUUCACUUGUGGACAACAAAUUGGAAAAAUUUUUACAGAAUGUCAAUUGUUCUUCUCUCAUUUCAUUGUCUAUCAGGUUAAAUGACGUACAAAGUGUGAGAGUAGAGUCUUUUCUUAUCCAAUUUCUCACAAAAUCAACUCUUCGUAAAUUAUAUUUAUGUGCAGAUGAACCGAUCCACGAUCGCAUAUUCUGUCGAAUGGGACACAGACUGGAAUAUUUGAAAGUUAACCAAUGUACCUUUACUCAAUACUUCAAUCUUCUUCAAUAUUUGCCUCAUUUACGAACAUUCAGUAUGGAGAAAUGUAUCAUUAAGCAGCCUGAUAGGCUACAGAUGUUGAAAUCUGAUAAUCAAAUAUGUCAUCACCAAAUGGAAUCGGUUUCAAUAGAAGAAUGUCAAUUGACGAUGGACAAUCUAUUAUUGAUAACUACUUUGACACCAUCAUUGAUUCAUCUCAAAAUAGUCUCAAAUAUUUCUGAUACAGAUGCGUUCACUUUGGUUACUGAUGUAUCUCGCUUGGAAGAAUUUGUUCAGAGCCAAUUACCACGACUUCGUAAAUUCGAAUUCUUCUUUUCGUUUGAACGUAAUGCGCAGAACGAGAUGAUUAGUCUUGAUUCAUUUGUUACCCCAUUUCGUACAUCAUAUUGGCUUAAUGACAAACAUUGGGUCGUCGCUAGUGCAUAUGUCAUGAAUGACCCAGAGAUUUGGUUGUACACAUUACCUAUCUGUGUACAACAUCGUAUGACCAAACCUAUGUAUGAAAUUUCGUCAGUAGAUAAUGAUGGUCAUCUAAUCAUAAAUUAUCAACACGAUUAUUCACAUAUUUCACAAGAAAAUAAGGAUGAACAGACAGGGACAGCACUCAAUCUGCAUUUUUGCCGCGUGAAAAACGAAGGAGCAAGGUAUAUUGCUCAUACAUUACGAUUAAAUCAAACAAUCACACAACUAGAUCUUGAAGAAUGUUUUAUUGGAUUGGAAGGAAUUCGAUAUCUAAGCGAUGCUUUACGCGAAAAUACAACGCUUAAAACAUUAAAUCUUAGUGGAAACUCAAUCUGUGAUGAUGCAAUCUUGUUUUUAGCUGAAUCCUUGCUUUACAACGCAAUACUCGUCACACUCAAUCUCGGUUGGAAUCAAAUUCGAAAUAAUGGAUUACGAUAUCUGACUGAUGUUCUCAAGCAGAACAAGACACUCGAAGCACUUGAUUUGCGAUGGAAUUCUAUUGGAUAUGCAAGUGCACCGUACCUAAUAGAUGCUCUGGGUCGAAAUACAACACUUGUUAUACUGAUACUUUGGGGAAAUCAAAUUUUCAAUGGAUCUAAUGAUGGCCCAAUUGCUACUGCUUCGCUGAUGUCUUGGCUUUGUCAGGGUUCUAUGAACAAUUAA